AUUUGAGGUCACCGCAAACGAAAUUCCAGAUGAUGUAUUUAGAGCCCAUAUCGGUGAAUUAUGGUCAUUAUAUCUCUCUGGAUUUAUAAGAGAAGCAUAUAAAUUUUCAGAUGAUAAAGGUGCACUUUAUAUUAUAGAAGCAGAUAGUUUGAAUGAAGCAAAGGCAAAUACCGCGCAUCUUUCAUUGUCAAUUAAUGCUUAUUGCACAUACGAUUUUAUAGCACUAGGCCCAUACAGAAGUUGGGAAAAAUUCUUUCAAUCAAACGAUGAAGAAAUAAAGCAACAACUAAAUAUACCAGUUGAAAAAAUCACCAAUGAAAGUGAACUACAGUAUAUUUGGAGUCUUUUUACUUUUAAUUCCAAUUUCACUCAUGAAAAAUAUCGAAAUAAUGUUGUUAAGCAGGCGAUACAAACUUUCCGAUAUUACAAGGCGGGGAUAUUCAAAGAAUUAUAUGUGAUGCAACGUCCCCUAAUUGUUACGAUAAACGUGGUUGCUAAAGAUGUCCAAGAAGCUGAUAUAUAUUUCCAAGGAUUGCCCUUUGUAAAUAGUGGGAUGCUUGAUUGGGAAUCUAUACCACUUUCACCUUUUGAUUAUUGGGCGAAAUUACAAUAA